AGAGAGGAGCUGGAAACUGGUGUGUAUAUCUGUAUAUAUAUCUGUAUACAGAGGCAGCUGAGUUACUGUACUGCUUCCUGUUUUGCCUAUGUCAUUCAUAGACAAGUUAAAAAGAAUGUCUUGGGAUUCACUAAAUGGAGAUGACUUGCGGCGCCCCAAUAUACGAAGAACUUCGAGCCUCACUUCCAGUAGCCAGAGGAACUAUGAAACACCAGAACUGGGGGAACUCCAGCGCAUGCUAUGGACACCCAUACCCUGUCGUGGCAAUGUCAAUGAAGUCUGGCCUAACCUCUACAUUGGAGAUUUAUAUAUCGCCCGUGACAUAGAACAGCUUCGCCGAAUGGGCAUCACUCACAUAGUAAAUGCUGCUGCUGGAAGGUUCCACAUUGACACCGGAGCGAAAUUCUACAAAGAUCUGUCGGUGGAUUAUUAUGGAAUUGAAGCAGACGAUGACCCAAAGUUUGAUCUCAGCCUUUAUUUCCAUCCAGCUGCUAAGUAUAUAAGAGCAGCACUGAACUCUCCCAGAGGCAAAGUAUUAGUUCACUGUGCCAUGGGGAUAAGCCGCUCAGCAACCCUUGUACUUGCCUUCUUGAUGAUCUGUGAAAAUAAGAACCUUGUGGAUGCCCUAAAGACUGUGAGAGAACACAGAGGAGUCUGUCCAAACUCUGGUUUCCUCAGCCAACUUCGAGAUCUUGACAUUCGCUUAAUGAGUGAAAGGGGAAGAACAAGAGGCGAUCCUUUGAAACUUUAGCUGGAAGAUGCCCUGCACUGUGACUCAAGACUAAGAGGAAAGUUAGGAAGACCAAAGACAGCAUUCCUCAGAAAUACCUGAACUCUGAAUCUGUGCUAGGACAGGUUUCUUGGUAGAAAAUGAAAAAUAGUUAUGUAUUCCUUUGAUGUUAGAAACUAAAUUGAGAUUAAAGGCACACCAGACACCUGGCAUACA